AUAGUUGAGGAAUGUAGAUGGACACCUCUUUAUCUUCGAAAAUCCUACCUAACCAGAUCACACAUUCACCACCAUGUUCUCUGAUCAAAAUCUUUAUCACUACAGUCUUCUCUCUCUCUUCCUCAUCGGACCACCCACCUUCCUCGCCUGUCAAUUCCUCACCGCCCCUUAUGGAAAACACCACCGCUCCGGUUGGGGACCCACCAUUUCACCACCAUUAGCUUGGUUUCUAAUGGAAAGCCCUACUCUCUGGAUUACAUUCCUCCUCUUCCCAUUCGGUAAAAAUUACACCAACCCAUUAUCCCUUAUCCUCAUUUCUCCUUACCUUUUCCACUACACAAAUCGGACCAUAAUUUACCCGUUAAAACUCUACUUCAACUCAAAGGGUGGGUCGCCGGCGACUGGUUUUCCGGUGAGUAUUGCGUUGUUGGCUUUUGUGUUUAAUCUCUUGAAUGCUUAUGUACAAGCUAGAUGGGUAUCGCAUUAUGCUGAUUACGAUUCUGAUGAGUGGUUUUGGGUCCGAUUUGCCGGCGGGAUGGUGGUUUUCGCCGGCGGUAUGGUGGUAAAUGUUUGGGCCGAUAAGGUGUUAAUGGGCCUGAAGAGGGAAGGAGGUAGAUAUAAGAUACCCAAAGGUGGGCUUUUUGAAUAUGUGAGCUGCCCAAAUUAUUUGGGAGAGAUAGUGGAGUGGUUGGGCUGGGCUUUGAUGACUUGGUCUUGGGCCGGGUUUGGGUUUUUUCUAUAUACUUUUGCUAAUUUGGUUCCUAGAGCUAGUUUUAAUCAUGAAUGGUAUUUGCAGAAAUUUGGAGAAGAUUAUCCUAGGAAAAGAAAAGCUGUUAUUCCAUUUUUCUAUUAAUAAGUUUUUAGAAGUGGAUUAUGAUUUAUGCAAUGUAAUGGCUUAUGUUAAUGUUAUUAUAUUUGGACUA